CCCGGCGCGAGACCCUUGCGUCUUCCGGAAGUGGAGCCCUGGACGCGCAACGGCUGGGUGUGCGACCACGGUGGUGGCUGGCGCGCCUGAGAAGACAAGAACUGAAGGGGACCCGGGCCUGCCUCCCGCGCCGGGCUGGAACACCAUGGACGAAGCAGGCAGCUGUGCGAGCGGCGGAGGGUUCCGCCCGGGCGUGGAUAGCCUGGACGAGCCCCCCAACAGCCGCAUCUUCCUGGUGAUCAGCAAGUACACGCCCGAGUCGGUGCUGAGGGAGCGCUUCUCGCCCUUCGGCGAGAUCCAGGACAUCUGGGUGGUGCGGGACAAGCACACCAAGGAGUCCAAGGGCAUCGCCUUCGUCAAGUUUGCCCGUAGCUCGCAGGCCUGCAGGGCCAUGGAGGAGAUGCACGGCCAGUGCCUCAGCCCCAACGACACCAAGCCCAUCAAGGUGCAGGUUUUCAUUGCUCAGUCCAGAUCAUCUGGAAGUCACCGAGAUGUUGAAGAUGAAGAACUUACAAGAAUAUUUGUCAUGAUACCAAAGUCCUACACAGAAGAAGAUUUGCGGGAAAAAUUUAAGGUGUAUGGAGAUAUCGAAUACUGCAGCAUUAUUAAGAAUAAAGUAACUGGAGAAAGUAAAGGUUUGGGCUAUGUUCGAUACUUAAAACCAUCACAAGCUGCCCAAGCAAUAGAAAACUGUGAUCGAAGUUUUAGGGCAAUCUUGGCUGAACCUAAAAAUAAAGCAUCUGAAUCCUCAGAACAAGACUAUUAUAAUAACAUGAGGCAGGAAACAUUGGGACAUGAACCUAGAGUAAAUAUGUUUCCAUUCGAACAACAAUCUGAAUUUUCAAGUUUUGACAAGAAUGACAACAGAGGCCAAGAAGCUAUCUCCAAACGCCUGUCAGUUGUAUCAAGAGUUCCUUUCACUGAAGAGCAGCUUUUCAGUAUUUUUGAUAUAGUACCAGGAUUGGAAUACUGUGAAGUUCAACGAGAUCCUUAUUCUAAUUAUGGUCAUGGAGUGGUUCAGUAUUUUAAUGUAGCAUCAGCUAUUUAUGCAAAAUACAAGUUACAUGGAUUUCAGUACCCUCCUGGGAACCGGAUAGGUGUUUCCUUCAUUGACGAUGGGAGUAAUGCAACAGAUCUCCUUAGAAAAAUGGCAACGCAGAUGGUAGCAGCACAGCUUGCAUCAAUGGUGUGGAAUAACCCAAAUCAGCAGCAAUUUCUGCAAUUUGGAGGAAAUUCUGGAUCACAGUUGCCUCAAAUCCAGACAGAUGUUGUACUUCCAUCAUGCAAAAAAAAAGCCCCUCCUGAAACUCCUGUGAAAGAAAGACUUUUUAUCGUGUUUAAUCCUCAUCCUUUACCUUUAGAUGUAUUAGAGGAUAUUUUCUGUCGUUUUGGUAACCUGAUCGAAGUUUACCUUGUGUCAGGAAAAAACGUGGGGUAUGCCAAGUAUGCAGAUAGAAUAAGCGCCAAUGAUGCCAUUACUACUUUACAUGGAAAGAUCCUUAAUGGAGUCAGACUUAAAGUUAUGUUGGCAGAUUCCCCAAGGGAAGAAUCUAACAAACGACAGAGAACUUACUGAUUCUUGAGAAAUUCAGUACCUGUUUACAUCAUACUUCUGAAAACAGUAACUCAAGAACACUUGGAUCCUGGGAACUGAAGGUCUGUGGGCAGGUGGGGCAGCUCUGGUCUGCAAAUACUCAUGCUAAGGCCCAGGUUGAACAGUGGCAGUUACCCCAGGGAAAGCCCUUUUCACUGAGGUGACAGAAGUACAAGAAGGUAAGCCCCGUGAGACAAGCACAUUCCAUCACAUCUACUAAUAUCCCACUGGCCUAAACAAGUUCCAUGGCUGAGCCCUAAGUCAAAGGGUGGAAAAGUAUACUGCCUUCUGUGGAAAGACCUUCAAACUUAGCAUAGUAGAGGAUAUGGGUACAGAGAGGGGAGAAGCAUUUGGGCCAGUAAUUUAUGUCACCCUCCAUGGUCAUAUGUGGGACUGCACUUCUGCUUCCGGAAGCAUGCAGCUUCCUAUGAAGUAGCCAGCAGCAGUGUUUUAAAGUUCCCCUGUGGGAGAGUGGAGGUGAGUGAGGAUCACCCAGCCCAGCACCUAGUUUUAGGCAGUGAACCUGUCCUUGAUCUCCAUCUCAUCUAGGGCACUUUUAUUCUCUACUCCCCAAAAACGUGUCGACUCUCAGUUGCUUCUGCCUACUUCACAAUCCAGUCCAGCAGGCCCAUGGAUGGCUCCAGGCCCCAUUUCUUUGUUGUAUUUCUUUUCUGUUCCCACCUCACAGAAAUGUUUAUCCUAUUGAACAAACUCGUGUCUCUUUUUUUUAAGCUGUAUAUUUUUUCUUAUGUAUCACAGUCAUGGAUCUGGAGCAGGGGAAACCUUGAACCUUGAACUUUAACAGCAUUGCCACCCAAAGUUGUAGAAUACCAUGUGAAGUUUCUCUUUUAUUUCUGUGAUGCUUUUUAAAAAUAAAAUCUGUUUUGACAUCUCUUGGCACUUAAAUAUGCCUAAAUUUAAUACAUUACAAAAUAUAACCAGUUUCUCAAAGGAUAGACAUCAAUAUUGGAAUUCAGUACAUUUGGAAAAAUGAUCAGGCUAAUUGUAUAAAAGGAGAAUAGGAAAUAGUCCUCUAUUCUUAACAAUAAAUCUGAUCAUUAAGAUAAACUACUUUUAAAUGUGUAUAUUAAAUAUUAGUAUAUUUUAUCACAACCCGGUUAUUGUAUUCUCUGUUCUAAGCCUUUCCAAAUUUUUAUCUCUUCUUUGUUUUUUUGACUUUUUACUAUAUACAAUGUAUUACAGAAAAUUUCAAAUAUAUAAUAAACACAGCAUAGUUUAAUGACCUCUAUGUACCCAUUACUGAGCUUCGUAAUUAUUAAUCAUGGCAAACCUUGUUUCAUUCAUACCAGGGUUGGAGAAACUAUGAACCACAGGUCAAAUCCAGCCUACCGCCUGUUACUGUAAAUAAAGUUUAUUGGAACACA